AUGGUGAAUUACUCAAUGAAACCGCCUCGAAUAGAAGACGGCACGCUGUGCAUGCUCGGCGCUCGCACGCACAGCAGCUGCACGCUGCACCUGCCGCCCACCGCACCCAUCGCACCCUCUUCCUUAGACUCGCGGAUUCCGUAUCCGCAGCAGCAACAGCAGCAGAAUGGGGGUGAAUCUCAGCAACCGGAGCAUCUAGAUCAGUCUGUUUUAGGGUCGGGAGGGUCCACGUGGCCGGUCGUCCGCUCCGGCUUUAGCGCGGAUAAAGGCGGCCGGCAGCGGAUGGAGGACGCCCACGUGGCGGUAGAUGAUUUGUCACAGGCUAUUGGUGACGUGGCUGUCGCGCAUCCGCGAGCUUUUUACGGGAUCUUCGACGGUCACGGCGGCGACGCGGCAGCGCAGUUUGCGCGGCAGAAGCUGCUCGGCCACGUGCUGCGCGACGCAGCGUUCCCCCUGCACGUGGGCAGCGCGCUCAGAAACGCGUUCCUGCGCACGGACCGCGAGCUGGAGACGGCGCGCACGGCGGAGGGGCACACCAUGGACUCGGGCACCACUGCGCUCGCCGUGCUGCUGCUGGGCAGGUCACUGUACGUGGCGAACGCGGGGGACUGCAGGGCGGUGCUGUGUCGCAGGGGGCAGGCGGUGGAGCUGUCGCGGGAUCACCGCGCUGUCUGCCAGCACGAGCGCGCGCGCGUGGAGCGGGCGGGCGGGUGGGUGGUGGACGACUAUUUGAACGACCAGCUGGCUGUCACCAGGGCGCUGGGCGACUGGCACAUUGAGGGGCUCAAGACCCGCCGCCCCUCUGCAGCCGCCGCAGCUGAUUCAGCCGGCCCUACAGCAGCGAUGGCGUCGCUACCAUCCCCUGGUAGCGACAGCGACAGUGAUGUUAUAGAGGGGCCGCUUAUAGCGGAUCCGGAGGUGCACGAGGCGCAUCUGUCGAACCCUGAGGACGAGUUCCUGGUGCUGGCGUGUGACGGGCUGUGGGACGCGUUCAACAAUGAGGGCGGCGGCAGCAAGGAGGUGGUGGCGUUCGCUCGCAGGCGACUCAGACUGCACAACGACCCCCAGCAGUGCUCCAAGGAUCUAGUGGAGGAAGCGAUUCGGCGGCACGCGUGUGACAACGUGACGGUGCUGACGAGUGUGUCCAAUGGGGAGGUGCUUCAAUUGAAGGGAUUCUGUGCUGUAGCUCAAGCAGCAGCAGCAGCAGCAGCAGCAGCAGCAGCAACCGGUUGCCAAGCGCAGUGGGCAGCAGGGAGCUCGGUUUUCCCGCCUUCUGAAGAGCUUGUGGCACAGCAGAGGGACCUUCCACAGCAGAGGGACCAUCCACAGCAGAGGGACCUUCCACAGCAGAGGGACCAUCCACAGCAGAGGGAUCUUCCACAGCAGAGGGACCAUCCACUGCAGGGAGGCAGCGCUUUUACCAGGGAGAGUAUGGGGCUGGCCGUGACCGAUCAAGUCAUUCGUGUUAUAUUCUCACAUAUCUCGUGCCUGUUUCUUGGCUUACACUCACUCGCCUCCUGCCCUUCCCUCCACUCUGCCCCAUUCCCUCCGCUCUGCCCCACUCCCUCCACUCUGCCCCAUUCCCUCCGCUCUGCCCCACUCCCUCCGCUCUGCCCCAUUCCCUCCGGCCCACCCCACUUUUUGUUGCACGCCUCCUUUCCCGCCUCAAAGGCAGCAGCAGCAGCAGCAGCAGCAGCAGCAGCAGCAGCAACCGGUUGCCAAGCGCAGUGGGCAGCAGGGAGCUCGGUUUUCCCGCCUUCUGAAGAGCUUGUGGCACAGCAGAGGGACCAUCCACAGCAGAGGGACCAUCCACAGCAGAGGGACCUUCCACAGCAGAGGGACCAUCCACUGCAGGGAGGCAGCGCUUUUACCAGGGAGAGUAUGGGGCUGGCCGUGACCGAUCAAGUUUCCUCCAUUCCGUGUGAAGUCUUUCUUGCUAAUGGUCUUACAUAUCUCGUGCCUGUUCCUUGGCCUGCACUCACUCGCCUGCUGCCCUUCCCUCCGCUCUGCCCCAUUCCCUCCGCCCCACCCCACUCUUUGUUGCAUGCCUCCUUUCCCGCCUCAAAGGCAGCAGCAGCAGCAGCAGCAGCAGCAGCAGCAGCAACCGGUUGCCAAGCGCAGUGGGCAGCAGGGAGCUCGGUUUUCCCGCCUUCUGAAGAGCUUGUGGCACAGCAGAGGGACCAUCCACAGCAGAGGGACCAUCCACAGCAGAGGGACCUUCCACAGCAGAGGGACCAUCCACUGCAGGGAGGCAGCGCUUUUACCAGGGAGAGUAUGGGGCUGGCCGUGACCGAUCAAGUUUCCUCCAUUCCGUGUGAAGUCUUUCUUGCUAAUGGUCUUACAUAUCUCGUGCCUGUUCCUUGGCCUGCACUCACUCGCCUGCUGCCCUUCCCUCCGCUCUGCCCCAUUCCCUCCGCCCCACCCCACUCUUUGUUGCAUGCCUCCUUUCCCGCCUCAAAGGCAGCAGCAGCAGCAGCAGCAGCAGCAGCAGCAGCAGCAGCAACCGGUUGCCAAGCGCAGUGGGCAGCAGGGAGCUCGGUUUUCCCGCCUUCUGAAGAGCUUGUGGCACAGCAGAGGGACCAUCCACAGCAGAGGGACCAUCCACAGCAGAGGGACCUUCCACAGCAGAGGGACCAUCCACUGCAGGGAGGCAGCGCUUUUACCAGGGAGAGUAUGGGGCUGGCCGUGACCGAUCAAGUUUCCUCCAUUCCGUGUGAAGUCUUUCUUGCUAAUGGUCUUACAUAUCUCGUGCCUGUUCCUUGGCCUGCACUCACUCGCCUGCUGCCCUUCCCUCCGCUCUGCCCCAUUCCCUCCGCCCCACCCCACUCUUUGUUGCAUGCCUCCUUUCCCGCCUCAAAGGCAGCAGCAGCAGCAGCAGCAGCAGCAGCAGCAGCAGCAACCGGUUGCCAAGCGCAGUGGGCAGCAGGGAGCUCGGUUUUCCCGCCUUCUGAAGAGCUUGUGGCACAGCAGAGGGACCAUCCACAGCAGAGGGACCAUCCACAGCAGAGGGACCUUCCACAGCAGAGGGACCAUCCACUGCAGGGAGGCAGCGCUUUUACCAGGGAGAGUAUGGGGCUGGCCGUGACCGAUCAAGUUUCCUCCAUUCCGUGUGAAGUCUUUCUUGCUAAUGGUCUUACAUAUCUCGUGCCUGUUCCUUGGCCUGCACUCACUCGCCUGCUGCCCUUCCCUCCGCUCUGCCCCAUUCCCUCCGCCCCACCCCACUCUUUGUUGCAUGCCUCCUUUCCCGCCUCAAAGGCAGCAGCAGCAGCAGCAGCAGCAGCAGCAGCAGCAGCAGCAGCAGCAACCGGUUGCCAAGCGCAGUGGGCAGCAGGGAGCUCGGUUUUCCCGCCUUCUGAAGAGCUUGUGGCACAGCAGAGGGACCAUCCACAGCAGAGGGACCAUCCACAGCAGAGGGACCUUCCACAGCAGAGGGACCAUCCACUGCAGGGAGGCAGCGCUUUUACCAGGGAGAGUAUGGGGCUGGCCGUGACCGAUCAAGUUUCCUCCAUUCCGUGUGAAGUCUUUCUUGCUAAUGGUCUUACAUAUCUCGUGCCUGUUCCUUGGCCUGCACUCACUCGCCUGCUGCCCUUCCCUCCGCUCUGCCCCAUUCCCUCCGCCCCACCCCACUCUUUGUUGCAUGCCUCCUUUCCCGCCUCAAAGGCAGCAGCAGCAGCAGCAGCAGCAGCAGCAGCAGCAGCAGCAGCAGCAACCGGUUGCCAAGCGCAGUGGGCAGCAGGGAGCUCGGUUUUCCCGCCUUCUGAAGAGCUUGUGGCACAGCAGAGGGACCAUCCACAGCAGAGGGACCAUCCACAGCAGAGGGACCUUCCACAGCAGAGGGACCAUCCACUGCAGGGAGGCAGCGCUUUUACCAGGGAGAGUAUGGGGCUGGCCGUGACCGAUCAAGUUUCCUCCAUUCCGUGUGAAGUCUUUCUUGCUAAUGGUCUUACAUAUCUCGUGCCUGUUCCUUGGCCUGCACUCACUCGCCUGCUGCCCUUCCCUCCGCUCUGCCCCAUUCCCUCCGCCCCACCCCACUCUUUGUUGCAUGCCUCCUUUCCCGCCUCAAAGGCAGCAGCAGCAGCAGCAGCAGCAGCAGCAGCAGCAGCAGCAACCGGUUGCCAAGCGCAGUGGGCAGCAGGGAGCUCGGUUUUCCCGCCUUCUGAAGAGCUUGUGGCACAGCAGAGGGACCAUCCACAGCAGAGGGACCAUCCACAGCAGAGGGACCUUCCACAGCAGAGGGACCAUCCACUGCAGGGAGGCAGCGCUUUUACCAGGGAGAGUAUGGGGCUGGCCGUGACCGAUCAAGUUUCCUCCAUUCCGUGUGAAGUCUUUCUUGCUAAUGGUCUUACAUAUCUCGUGCCUGUUCCUUGGCCUGCACUCACUCGCCUGCUGCCCUUCCCUCCGCUCUGCCCCAUUCCCUCCGCCCCACCCCACUCUUUGUUGCAUGCCUCCUUUCCCGCCUCAAAGGCAGCAGCAGCAGCAGCAGCAGCAGCAGCAGCAGCAGCAACCGGUUGCCAAGCGCAGUGGGCAGCAGGGAGCUCGGUUUUCCCGCCUUCUGAAGAGCUUGUGGCACAGCAGAGGGACCAUCCACAGCAGAGGGACCAUCCACAGCAGAGGGACCUUCCACAGCAGAGGGACCAUCCACUGCAGGGAGGCAGCGCUUUUACCAGGGAGAGUAUGGGGCUGGCCGUGACCGAUCAAGUUUCCUCCAUUCCGUGUGAAGUCUUUCUUGCUAAUGGUCUUACAUAUCUCGUGCCUGUUCCUUGGCCUGCACUCACUCGCCUGCUGCCCUUCCCUCCGCUCUGCCCCAUUCCCUCCGCCCCACCCCACUCUUUGUUGCAUGCCUCCUUUCCCGCCUCAAAGGCAGCAGCAGCAGCAGCAGCAACCGGUUGCCAAGCGCAGUGGGCAGCAGGGAGCUCGGUUUUCCCGCCUUCUGAAGAGCUUGUGGCACAGCAGAGGGACCAUCCACAGCAGAGGGACCAUCCACAGCAGAGGGACCUUCCACAGCAGAGGGACCAUCCACAGCAGAGGGAUCUUCCACAGCAGAGGGACCAUCCACUGCAGGGAGGCAGCGCUUUUACCAGGGAGAGUAUGGGGCUGGCCGCCACUCAUGAAGCAGCAAAGGAAGCUGAGUGGCACGAUGGCAACACCAGUUGCUGCAGCGGGAGCGCAGAGUACAAGUGCAGAGCGCUAGUGCGGGAGGGGAGGGAGGGAAUACGGGGCAGCAUCUGUGGGUGGCUCUUCAACUGCUACCACCGUGACUCUUCAACUGCUACCACCGUGACUCUUCAACUGCUACCACCGUGA